GUUGUUUCAUAUAAAAACACUUGCACACAAUACGAGUGAUUUUUUGGGGGGUAAAAAAUAAUGUAAAAAAGUAUACUCCUAGUAUUACUCGCACAACAUGCAGCCUAGAUCAGAUAGGACCUUGGUAUAUAGUGCCAAAUAUAGGAUUUUCCAAUAAAACCCGGACUAUUUAGAUCUACAGUAGUAUCAUAUAGUUAUAUUAAAUUACACCACUUCAUGGCGUCUUGGCCACUCCGGUGUCACAUAUAUUUAAUCAGUACCCUUGUAACAACCAACAGUUUUUAAAGGGAUCAUGGCCUUCCCUUUGCUCAAUGCAAGGUACGAGGGUCCUCUCGGAGGCCUGGACAAAGUUCCGCGACCGUUUCUGAUUGGUGUGGCGGGCGGUACUGCCUCCGGCAAGAGCACGGUGUGUGACAAGAUCAUGGAGCAGCUGAAGAAGUCGGGCUUGGAGCACCAUCGUCAUGUGACCAUCAUAAGCCAGGACAGCUUCUACCGCGACCUCACAGCGGAGGAACACGAGCGAGCCAAGAAGGGAGAGCACAACUUUGACCAUCCAGACUCGUUCGACGUGGAGUUGAUGAGGAGAACUCUGGUGGACAUAAAGGCUGGAAAAGUGAUGGAGCUCCCCAUGUAUGACUACAUUGCUCAUAAGCGAACCACCAAGACAACAGUCAUACACUGUGCCGAUGUCGUCCUCUUCGAAGGAAUCCUCGUCUUCUACUUCCCGGAGAUCCGCGACUUGUUCAACAUGAGGCUCUUCGUGGACACAGACCCCGACACUCGUCUCUCCAGAAGAGUUUUGCGAGAUGUGGAGGAGAGAGGUCGCAGCCUGGAGCAGAUCUUGCACCAAUACAUGACCCUGGUCAAGCCAGCAUUUGAGGAGUUCUGUCUACCGACCAAAAAAUAUGCUGACGUGAUCAUUCCCCGCGGGGCAGACAAUAUUGUGGCGGUGGACCUGAUCGUGCAGCACAUCCAGGAGCUGAUGCGACCCAACAGACCUGGGCGCAGACAGCGCAACAACUCCGACUCCAUCGUGGGGCGACCUCACUGAACCCCGCGCCCGGUGCCCGAGACUGCCACAGCUGUAGGUCGUACACGGACAAUUUUGUUUUAUAGCAGGCUGCUGACUGGUGCGGAAGAUAUGACAAGUGCAACUGUACAAUCGUGCGCGUGUGGGAUGGAGAUAUAUUUGCUAAAUCAAAUGACUGCGUGCGUGUGUGUGUCAUUUUUUUUUUUUUGUAUUAUAAAUUGUUGUUUGUUGGAAUUGAGAGUCUCAGAAGAAUUAUUUGUGGGGUAGGGGAAAUGGGGAAUAAGAUCUAAUGUGCGAUACACGUGGACGUUGGUGUAGCAAUGUACGUUUGUUUGAUUUUGUACAAGUAAUACAGUCUAGCAUAUACAUAGCAAAAUCAGCAGGAAGCAGGAAUCUUUUUAUUAUGUGUAUGAAUUUGGUUAUGUACAUGUUAUAAAUCCCAAAAAGAUAUGUGCAUAAGAAAAAAAUUUAGGAGCUGAGAAUCUGUUCGCUAUAUAUGGGUGUUUAGCUCUGUUCGUUGUGUGCAUGCUAGACCGUAUUUUCAAGUCGUCGGGAUUGUAAACUGACUGUGCCUUGCACAGCUGAAAGUAAACAGUUGACUCGUCAAGUUACCCUCCUCUAUAGGAGCGGCUGGUCGGUGGGUUCUUGUCCUACUUCCUUUGUGCGUUACCAUUUUCCUUUUCUCUUUAUCUGUUCCUGAAUGAAAUGUGGCUUCUGGCAUCAGGUUGAUUCACUGUGCAAUCUCUAACUCCUUAGGCUAGGUGACACCAGGGUGGUAAAUAACUAGACAAACUACUCCGUUAUUUUUGUAUUAUUCCUUGGCCCAAUUUGUAUUUUGAAAGGUAUGAAAAGGAGGGUUUUACUCCUUUUUU